AGGUGCGCAUGCCCACUAAGAGGACGCAGCGGCUCCAUGUGUGUUGAGGCGCAUUAUUUGGCAACAGACGCGGCAGUGGGGAGGGCCGAAAAAAAGAGGAUAUCCCCUGGAUUUAAAAAAAGCAACGAUUUAUCGAGGUUAACUGCAGAUUAAACAUUCCUUGGCCGACCAUCGUUGAAGAACGGGCGACAAAGCGACCGAGGGAUGUCUGAGGAGGCUGUCCGCCAGACGCGCAGCCAGAAGAGGGCGCUGGAAAAGGAUGUUGAUCCCCAGUCUAUAGAAACCUCUGAUGCUGACAAUGAAAGCAAAAAGUCUAAGUUGGACCCUUCUGAACCCUCGACAGAGGAACAAACCGAACCUGAACCCGACUCUGGACUGACACGGGAAGGUCAGGGCCAGACUACGGUUGGACCAGAGCCCGAGAAGGAGCAGGGCCUGUCCCCGCCAUCUUUAGCGUUACCUUUGGCCUCUCAGCCGGUGAAGGACGAUCAGGAGCGGACCCAACGGACGAUGGCUGAACCCAGCUCGGACAAUCGAACUGACUGCAGUGACACAGCCAGCGAGGAGAGGGCGGAGCCAGCUGUGGAUACAAAGAGCCAGGUCCCACUGGCAGAGUCAAAGGUGCCCAGUAGCAUGCUGGCUGCAGCGGAGGUGAAAGCCACCAUUAAAGUGGAAGUUCAGACGGGAGAGCAGCCCAUGGACAUGAGCACCUCCAGAGGCAGUAUAAAAAGGGAGAAGCGGCCUCCAUCAUCUGAAGAUGACGAUGUCAUCGUCCUGUCAGAUAAUGACUCCCCGAGUCCUCCGAUGAACGGCUUGAGCCACUUUAAGGAGCUGGACAGAGACCUGCUCAUGAAGAGCAGCCCAGCAGAGAGGGAGCGCAUCAUUAAGCAGCUGAAGGAGGAGCUGAGACUAGAGGAGGCCAAGCUGGUGCUGCUGAAGAAACUUCGACAGAGCCAGAUACAGAAGGACACUCUCCAGAAGCCCACAGGUCUGUCUGGCUCCUCUGCUCCUCCUCCUCUCAUUCGAGGAACAAUUACAAGCAAUAAAGGCACUCAGCAGAUGUUGACAGGCCGGAGUUCAGGCCCAGUCAUCCCUCCACCGCUGGUGAGAGGAGGGCAGCAAAUGUUGUCCAAACAUGGCUCCCAGAUUAUAAUGCCGCCUCUGGUCAGAGGGGCACAGCCCAUCUCCGUAUCUCCACAGCAGAUCCAGGCUCUCCGCCAGCAGCAGCAGCAGCAGUUGGUGGCCUCUGGAGGCUCCGGCUCAGGACCUCCUCCUCUGCUGUUGGGCCACAGGAUCUCCGCCUCCCUAACCCAGGGCCAGAGAGGCACGGGCAACUCGGGGCUCAUCAGAAUUGGCGCUAGUGUUAACACGCAGGCCUCGGCAUCCGGUGUGAAGAGCUCUUCCUUGGGAAACGGCGGCGUCUCUGUGGUUAGCGUGAGCGAGUCUCCAGCCAGCCGCCAAGCUGCAGCUAAACUCGCCUUACGGAAACAACUGGAGAAAACGCUACUGGAGAUUCCCCCGCCCAAGCCUGCGGCCCCAGAGUUUAACUUCCUGCCAUCGGCAGCCAAUAAUGAGUUCAUCUACCUGGUGGGGCUGGAAGAAGCGGUCCAGAAUCUGCUGGAUACAAUCCACAGAGGAAAGACCGGCGCAGCGCUGUCGAAGAACAUUACCAGAGAGCCCCUCACCUGCACCCAGUGCAAAACCGACUUCACCUGCCGCUGGAGGCAGGACAAGACAAAAGGCGGGGCUUUCCUCUGCGAACACUGCAUGUCAUCCAGUCAGAAAAGGGUUUUGAAAGCCGAGCAUACCAAUCGGCUGAAAGCCGCGUUCGUCAAAGCUCUGCAGCAAGAGCAGGAAAUAGAGCAGCGUAUUUUUCAGCAGGCAGCCUCGCCAGUUUCUCACAGUAGCUCCUCGUCCUCUUCGUCGAUGAAAGCAGAGAGGGGGUUGUCUCAGCAGCAAAAGCAGGUUCACGCCAGAGUGUCUUCCCUCCAGCACCUCCACCAGGCCAGUCGAGGAGCCAACAUGGUUCACCAACACUCCAUCAAGCAGAGCUCCCAGGGCCAGCUGUCCCUUGGCGUCUCAUCAUUGGCGGUGAGGGGAGUCCCCCAUUCCUUCUCCUCCUCCUCCCAGCUGCAGAGUGCAGUGGCGGCUGCAGCUUUGGUGAGCCGGCCAGGUAAGCAUGCCCACGCUUUCCACCGCUCUGUCCAGAGUUCAAAGGUGAGCAGCAGCGGAAUCGCCGGCAGCAGGAAUUUCAGCGGAGGUAGUGCCUCACCCACUGCAUGGAAGAAGCAGAGCCACAGCAACGCAGGAGUCACGAUGGCUUACGUGAACCCCAGCCUGACCGGUCACAAGACGUCAGCCGCGGCCGACGCUCGUCAGAGGGAGUACCUGCUGGACAUGAUCCCCUCUCGCUCGUCGAUCUCGCAGACUGCAAACACAUGGAAAUAAUUCAAUCAGGACGCUUGUACUACUUAGUUUUUGUCCAAGUUCCUUAAUUCCAAUAAUAUGGUCAACAGCAACCCCCAGAGGACUGUUAAGCAAAUACAAUCUGUCAAAUUGAAGAAACCUUCCUUCCUUUACUUUUGUAUGAUUGUUGUUUGAGUAUACUUAUUUUCCGUUGUUUACUUUGAGAUUUGCUGUUCUUUGGUAAUUAUUCAUAAACUAUUUAGAUUUGAUUGGGUCAAAGAAAGAAAUAAUACUGGAAAGGCUCACCCAGGUUAUUCUGUCCUCCAGACUGGGUUGUGUGAUAAGAGGCGAUGUGUACAUUGAGUAAUUUGAUUAAAGAAAUUUUUUAAAUCGUAAAAAAAAAAAUUCAAAUAAGUAAUAUGAUCUGGGAUAACUAGCCCUUUCUGCCAUGCGGGUCACACUGACCCAACCUUUUGACACUUGAAUGUAUCUAGUCUGACAUUUAACUAAAUACACAUUCAUUUAAAGCAAAUACAAGGGCCGCAUUGUACAGGUUUCAGUACACCAACCCCGUAGUUAAAGGUUUGAAUUUACAGUAAGUUAUUUUGUUUUUUCUAUUAUAUUUCAGUACAUGGUGGUUUCUACAAAUGAAGAGUUUAUUCUGGCUUUUCUCUGUUUAAACAGCAUGCCUUCCCUCAAGCACCUUAGCUGAAGAAGCAUGGUGUCAUUGCUUAAUUCAUCUGUAAUUACCAUCUGUAAUUUGCUUAUUUUAUAUGAAUGUCAACAUUGUAAGAUUAUUUUUGAGUGUUUUUGUCAUUUCUGAGAAAAUGCAAACUCUGAAGGAGCUGAAUUUGCCUCACUUGAGCCAGAGAUCUAGCUUCAGAUGUAUUCAAACAUAAUGCAUACAACCUGUCCUGAAUCCAUUUUUAAAGGGACUAUCUACCCAUUACCAAGAGUCUGGAAAACACAAAAUAUCUUUAUCUUGUCCCCUCACAAUAUGGCAUAAUCUCUCUGCUUCCGGAUGUUAGCUCCAUUGUACAAACUUAUGUUUAAAGUUAUUUGGUUUACUUUUUUCCUAGCUUCUAAAGAAAUAAAAAUUUACAUUUUAAA